GCUGGACAUUUCACGAUAAUUUUAAACUUUUUAUACUUAAAAUAAAUGAGAAUAUUUUCUCAGAGUUUACUAUUAAGAAAUACUUUAGUAAAAAUGGCAUCAGCUCCAAAAAGGAUUAAGUUAUCGUCAUCAUCAACAAAUACCGAAAAUGAGACAAAAACUGAUGUUGAAGGAUUUAUGAAAAGCAUUCAAGACAAAAGAGAAGAGACUGCGGAAUCAAUUUUGAAGUACAAAUUCAAUAAAAAGCGAGUCAGAAUUAUAUCACAAGAGCAACUUGUAUUAGAUAAUUGUGAAGGAAUAGUUUAUUGGAUGUCAAGGGACAGCAGGGUCCAGGAUAACUGGGCGUUUUUGUUCGCCCAAAAACUUGCCUUGAAAAACGAAGUUCCACUUCAUGUGUGUUUUUGUAUUAUAGCGAAAUACCUGGAUGCUUCCGUCAGACAAUUCCAUUUUUUACUGAGAGGUUUAGAAAAAGUGGCAGCAGAUUGCAAGAAACUGAAUAUUUCUUUCCAUUUGCUUGAGGGCAGUGGAGCUGAUGCUUUACCCCAGUGGGUGGAAAAACAUAACAUUGGGGCUGUUGUGUGUGACUUCAAUCCAUUGCGAGUGCCUCUUGGCUGGUUGGAUGGGGUCAAGAAGAAAAUGAAGAAAGAUGUGCCAUUAAUACAGGUGGAUGCCCACAAUGUGGUUCCUUGCUGGGUGGCAUCAGACAAGCAAGAAUAUUCAGCUCGGACCAUCAGGAAAAAGAUCACCUCAAAGCUGGACGAGUUCCUCACUGAAUUCCCACCGGUCAUCAAACAUCCGUACACUAGCAAGUUCAAACCUGAGCCAAUAGAUUGGGCGGAAGCCAUAGAAUCUCGGGAGGCAGAUAAAACUGUAGGGCCAGUGGACUGGGCGAAGCCAGGCUAUGAUGAAGCCAUUAAGAUGCUGAAGAGCUUUUUAGACAAAAGACUUAAAAUUUUUGCUUCAAAAAGAAACGACCCUACAGUAGAUGCCCUAAGUAAUUUGUCUCCGUGGUUUCAUUUUGGCCAAAUCUCGGUACAGAGGGUGGCGCUAUGUGUUCAAGAGUAUAAAUCCAAGCACACAGAGAGUGUGAACUCAUUCCUGGAAGAGGCUAUAGUUAGACGGGAGCUGGCUGAUAACUUCUGCUUUUACUCAGAACACUAUGACUCCAUUAAGGGGGCGAGUGCGUGGGCGCAGAAGACUUUGGACGACCACAGAAAGGACAAAAGAACCCACUUAUACACGCUAGAAGAAUUAUCUAAUGCCAAAACCCAUGACGACCUUUGGAACUCUGCUCAACUACAAUUGGCAAAGGAGGGCAAGAUGCAUGGCUUUCUGAGGAUGUACUGGUGCAAGAAGAUCUUAGAGUGGACACCGACGCCUGAAGACGCUUUGAAGUAUGCAAUAUAUCUGAAUGACCAUUACAGUAUCGACGGGCGGGACCCUAAUGGAUAUGUUGGUUGCAUGUGGUCAAUAUGCGGCAUACACGACCAAGGCUGGGCAGAACGCGCGGUGUUUGGUAAAGUUCGCUACAUGAACUACGACGGAUGCAAACGGAAGUUCAACAUUCACGCGUUCAUUGCCCGCUAUGGUGGGAAAGCGCACAAAUACGUCCCAAAGAAAAACAGCGAUGGAAAGAAAAGUGACAAGUGAAAGGUGGGAACUAUUCUUUCGUCAUUCCAGUCGACUUGACACGCCCAAGACAUGACAUGUGCCAGUGUAAAUAUGAAUCUAAAACUUUGAAGAAAGUUGUAUUAAGGUUGAUAAUUAAGUAUUUCCUAAUAAAUGUUAGGGUAAGUCCGCCUAAGUAUACCUAGCUAUAGUAUAUAGCAUAACUAAAUGUAUUAGGUGAUAUAAAAAAUCUCAAUUCUACCUAUUUUAUACAAUGGCAACUCCAAGGAUGAUUUUGUAUCUACACGUUUUUCUAUGGCUAGUGUAAGUAUAGAUAAGUAUACUAACUUUAAAGUUUGUUGUAUGUUGUUUCAGUAUUUAAAUCGCGUUUUUAAUGUUACCCUACCUCAUUUUUAUUAAAAAAAUAAACCUUUUGUUUUGAAUAAUA